CUUCAUUGAAUGGCGACACAAUGACUUGUGUGUAUGGAACUCAGGAACGCCGACGGCCUUCCUCGCCCCGUUCAUCGACUCUCGUCCGGCACAGCUCUGAAUAUUCACGCCGCGGAGUUUGUACCAAAGUAUGUGCAGGCAUUUCGACAAGAAUAUCCAUCCUUGACGUCUACAAAUCCCCCCAAAGUCACGAAAAACGCGUCCACUACCAAUGCCAUGAAGUUUCAAGAUGCCGCUGCAAAACCCAUUCGUGCGUCAAUACCUGCGCCACCGCCCGUAGUUCCUGAAGGAUUCGUUGUCCUGUCGAAGAAUACCAGGUCAUCACUCACGGCAGUCGCUGCAAAGGAUGCCGAUUGCGUCUCCCCAUCUGAAGCAGCGCCACCAGUGGCUACGAUAAGGCGAAAAUACACCAAAACGCAUGUAUCCAAGUGGGCCGCCCUGUCGACUUGUGCUAUCUCGCAGAACGACGGGAACGAUCUCUCUUCACCCGCGGAUGUGCCAAAGACAGAUGCCAGAGGUCGAUCCCCGGGGUACUUUUUCCAAGUUGCAGCCCAAGCCAAGGUGUUGGGUCACCAAACACACUACGAGGACGACAUUGGCGUCAAGGACCGGGACCACCGACGUCAUCGAGUUGCUCUCGUUCGAGAGUCACCCCUGGUCGCUCCACUGGCGGAUGCCUCGAACGAACCACCGACCGCGCAUGCUGUGGCGCGUGAGGCCUGGCGAGUGCUGGCCGCGCAAGUUCUUCGCUCGUCGCACUUGACACCCGAGAAUUUCGCCGCGCUGGCAGCCCACCUGACCACCCACCGCUCUCUCCUUUUGUGGGACGAGCGCGACGACGACAGGUGCAAUGCGUGGCACAUCGCCGCCGCCCACGGACAUGAUUCGGUUCUGACGCUCUUGCAUGAGCUCGGCGACGGCGUCGAGUCGCGAGACCGGAAGAAAUACACCCCCCUGCACGCUGCCGCAGCAAACGGCCACCCGUCAACUGUGCGGCUACUGCUGUCGUUGGGCGCAAGUGCCGCGACGGUCGACAAGCAUGGGAACACUCCGUUUCACAUCGCGUGCCGCGAAGGCCACGUGGCCAUUGUCAAGUUGCUCUUGCCCAAAAGCAAACUGGACGGCCGCAAUCGCCGGCGAGAUACCCCUCUACUCAUGGCCGUUCGGUGGGCCGCCGCAGCGCAAACCUCAGGCGCCAACAACGAUUCCACACGACGAAUGGAUGUGGUGCGGUUGCUGCUUGCUGCGGGAGCAUCUCCAUUGGUUGUCAACCUUGACGGACACACACCGCUGUACGAGUCGGUGCAGGCGUGCCACAGCUCCCUGGCGCUGGCUCAAGACUUGCUCGUAUAUGGCUAUCCCGCCAACACGAACGGGUCUCCCAUAACGCUUCCGCCAACUCGGUCGGUGUUUUACCAAGCUGUAUGUGCGGGCCACGCAGGUGCUGUUCAGCUGCUCAUGCCAGUGAUACCACCGUCAGAGUGGGCGGCAGUGGACAAGGAGCACGGAGACUCGUUGCUGCAUGCGGCCGUUCGACACGGCCAUGCCCACCGUCGGUCCGACAUGCUCAAUGUGCUGCUGCACUCGUCCAAGCACAAAGGCUACCAACUCCACGCCGCAGAAAACACUGCUCUUCUAACGCCGCUCUUCUUGGCCAUCAAUCUUGGAGACGAUGCCGCCGUCGCCGGCCUUCUCUCGCACGGCGGAUACCCCAACGAACGAAAUCGACAACAUCACUCGGCAUUGUUUACUGCGCUUCAAGCACGGCAACUGGCUUGUGCUCGGGAACUGAUUGAGUUUGGCUGCACGCUUGAUCGGGAUUGCGUGGCCUACAUGAGGGCCAACACGCCGGUCGCGCUGCCGCCGGUUGUAGCUGCACCGUCCAUGGUGACGUCAGUGCGACCCGUCGACAUGCAACGUAUCGAGUGCACGGUGGAGAGGAAAGUGGACUACAUCCAUACAUGCGUCCUCAUUGCACAUUGCCCGUCCAUUCGAGCGCAGCUGUGUGGCCCGUGGGCUCAUUUUGCACCAGACAAGGCGGUCCCGGUGGCGCUCGACACGACGAUAGCUUCGUGGGACUAUCUGAAAGCGUACUUGUACGAUGGCGGGGCCAGCAAGUUGCUUGGUAGCGCCGUGUGCACGAAUCAAGGGGAGUUGGAUGUUGUCGUCGAGUUGCUCAUGUUGGCCAACUCGUUGCUCUUGAUGGACGUGCAACAUUUGUGCCAUGCCAUCCUCGAGCAAUCGCUUCCCCGCCGGCAAUUCCGAGAUCUCAUCGCGUCGUUGGGAGUGGAGGAGGCCACUGACGGUGCCGUCGCUUCCAUGAGCUACAAGGACGUGGCAGCACAAGCGAUUCGAACGUGGCGCCACGACCGACGCCAGCUCCUCACGAACAAGUGGCUAGCCGAUGCAACUUUGAUUGCAGACCAUUCCAAAGCAUCCCACCACCGCUGCCACCGAGCAGUCGUCGGCGCAGCUUCGCCGAUCCUUCGAUCGCGCUUCGAAUGCGACCAAAGGUCGACGGCUACCUUUUCCUUGCCGUUCUCCAGCGAUGUCGUGGAGGCAGUCCUCGAAUACAUCUACACACAUGCGCUGGCGAAUGCCGCGGAGUAUUCCGUGGAUUUCGUGGUCGAAAUCGUGCAAGCCAGCAAAGCCGUCGACGUUGCGGGCUGUGUGGUGCUGUGCGAACGGGAGCUCGUCCGCCGCGUCGUGCAGACUGGCUGCGACGUUGCGCUGCUGGCAGUUGCCGAGUCAUUGCAACUGGAACACUUGGUCCGCGCGUGUCGCUGGCAUUUGUUGGGGUCCAUGCCGACGGACAAGGCUGUGCUGUUGGCAUGUUUAGCUCCCAACUUAAACGUUUCUGGCUAACAGCGCCCCAACCACAAACGAUUGCCUU